GUGCUGUUGGAUUAGCCAAUGAGGGAAGUCAUGUGUAUAUUUUUUGGACAGGGCACAGGAGGCAGUGUAGUUGAAAAAUUGAACCCUAAUUUCGUUGAUUGAGUGAUUGACUGAUCAUUGAUUUUGGAGUUUGUGCAUCGAGAGAGAUUAUGGAAAGCGGGAAGAUACUAGAGCUGAGGCAAUUGAUAGAGGCAUGCAAGUCCAAUCCUUCAUUCAUCCACGACCCUUCUCUUUCCUUCUUCAAGUCUUAUCUUCUCAGCCUGGGUGCUCGCAUCCCCCCGAAUCCCAAAACGGAACCAGUUGAUGUUGAUGACAUAGUCGAAUCUGACAUAGACCUCGAUGAUUCUGAUCUUGUUGAACCCGAUAAUGAUCCUCCUCUAAAGAUGGGCGACCCUAACGCUCAAGUAACACCAGACAUGAUUGAUGCUGCACAACUAGCAAAAUCAAGGGCCAUUGAUUAUAUAUCACAAAAUAAGUUGGAUCAAGCAGUUGAGCAACUAACAGAAGCUAUAUUGCUAAACCCACAUUCAGCCAUACUCUAUGCUACCAGAGCUAGUGUCUUAUUGAAAUUGAAGAAGCCAAAUGCUGCUGUCCGUGAUGCUGACACUGCACUGAAGAUUAAUCAAGACUCAGCCAAAGGAUAUAAAGUUCGAGGCAUGGCAAGGGCCAUGCUGGGACUCUGGGAAGAAGCAGCAAGUGAUCUUCAUGUUGCUUCAAAGUUAGAUUAUGAUGAAGACAUUGGUAUGGCACUUAAAAAGGUUGAACCUAAUGUUCGCAAAAUUGAGGACCAUAGGAGGAAAUAUGAACGGUUACGAAAGCAUAAGGAGGAGAAAAGAGCAGAACUCAAAAAACAAGAAGCAGCUGAAGCUCAAGUUCAGGAAGCAUUGUCUGCUCUGAAAGAUGGGCAAGUCAUUGGUAUUCACUCGGCUAUUGAAUUGGAAAAGAAGUUGAAUGCUGCAUCAAAGACAUCUCGCCUGGCAAUACUGUAUUUUACUGCAGCAUGGUGUGGCCCCUGUCGAUUUAUUUCCCCUGUUUAUACAAACUUGGCAGGAAAGUACCCAAAAGUUGUUUUUCUAAAGGUUGACAUAGAUGAGGCAGCAGAUGUUGCUGCACGUUGGAAUGUCACCAGUGUUCCUACAUUUUUCUUUAUAAAAAACGGCAGAGAGGUUGAUAGUGUGGUGGGGGCUGACAACAAUGCACUUGAAAGGAAGAUUGCACAACAUGCCAGCCCUCUUUAAAUUCGUGAUGACUGGUGGAGAAACAAAAGAUGAUGACUUAUCUGGAACAUUGAGGAUCGGUUUCACCUGAAUUUAUUCCUUCGUGUGGAAAUUGGAACUCUAGCUAGCUGAAGCUUCAGUACUUCAUUAGGACUUAGGAGGCAACUUGUGUUUUGUCUCUCUUCCCUGCUGAUAAGUAGGCUGGGAUUCCAUCCAGCUGUUAUUACA